CGUCAGCAGACGCUGUACCGAUCUCGCGGCAACAGCACCGGCACCGUACCAUCCCGCGGUUUUAUUUCCCCGUUUUCAACCAGUCUGUCCGUUACCGCCUUACCGGUACCACUCAUCGUCGUCGUCGCCCGGUGGUGCCCGCGCGCUGUACUGUAGUUCCGUCCCCCGUUUGUCCUCGAACCGAGUAUGUUCUUCGACGGGAAUUAGUUUCGGUGUUUUUUUUUAAAAUUAUUUUUCUCAUCGUUGUCAUACCAUUAUUAUUACAGUAGUAUUUUAGUAGUAGUAUUAGUAUAGCGUUUACGUAGAAUAGAGUCUUAAAGAUUUUCCAGUGUUUCGUUUUUUGUUAUUUUUAUCCGAGUGACGGUUUUUUUUAAAAAAUAAUUUCAAAAAUGAAAUCUUCCACCACCACGGGUUUUGCGUCCGCGGUCCUCCUAGUGUUGCUGUGCGGCUCGACAGUCGCGUUCAGCUUGAACGGCAACUACAAGACGAUCAUCGACACGUUGGCGUGGACCGGCGAUCUGUCCGAGAUCUAUAGUAUAAUCGAGAGGAAUCAAAUUGCCAACACGACGAUACAUCUAAGAAGUGUUACAGUGUUUGCUCCGCACAACGAAGCGUUUUUGAAGAUAACUAAACAAGAUAGCGACGAUGAAUAUUUACCGUGCUACCAUAUAACAAAUGUACCAAUGAAAUUGGAACAAUUGGGAAAGUCGGUAUUUUCUGAACUAGAUGGUAAUCCACCCAUCUGGAUUACAAAGAAAAGUCCAGAAGAGAUUUACGUUAACCAGGCUAAAGUCGUCUAUAAUUUGGCUAAUUAUGAACACAAUAAUACAUUUGGAAAACCUCAAGUGUUGCACGUCAUUGACCAAGUUCUACAACCUCUGCGAAUGAAGAAAAAUAGCCCUCAAAAUGUCUACAACCCUAAUGCAUGGGAAUUCAUGGAAAAUGCUGAAUACCUGGAUUUAGAUAGUUACCACACUAAUACUUUUUUGCAACGGGUACAAAAUCUGGAUAAGAAGAGCGUGUUCUCCAAUCAAGGUGGACAUACAUUUUUCAUACCCGUGGACGAAGUGGCUAAUUAUCCAAAAGUAAAACCUGAAAAAAUCGAUGUGAAAGUGAUUGACGCCCACAUUGUUCCGGAUAACGUAUUGUUUUUGGGACCCACAAACGAAGAAGAACAAUUUAAAACUUUAGCAUUCACUGACAUGCUUAAAGUAUUUACGUCUUUAUCUAAAGCUGUAGAAGGAGAUAAAACUAAAUAUUACGUAAGCAGUGAUACUGUUGUCGGUGAUGAUGUCCACCCGACUGGAGCUGUAGUAGCAGAAAUUGUUAAAGCCAAUAUACCUGUCAGAAAUGGUGUGGUCCAUUUGAUUAGUAGACCAUUGAUGAUCGUGGAUAACAAUGUAAAACAAUUCAUUGAGCAGUCGUAUAAAGACAGAGAAGACAGUGUCUUACACCGAUUCUACGAGGAGAUUAUGAAUUCCGGUGGCGAUUUCUUGGAAAAACUCACCGCCAUGCCAAAUGUUACACUCUUUGCACCUUCCAAUGCAGCGUUUAACGACCAAUCCAUCCAGCCGUAUUUGCUAAAUCGCACAUACAUCAGGUCUUUACUUGACUUGCAUAUCGUCAACAGACGUCUCUCCAUCGACGAUAUUGUUGCUGAAUCCAUCGAUAAGCGCUUUCAGGUCCAAACCGAAGUGCCCCGCAAGGAUCUGUUCUUCAACGUGGUCACCAGCGGUAAGAACCGCACGUUGACCCUGGAGGGUGGCGGCGUGAACGCUACCGUGGUCCAGGCUAACUUAGCAGCUACAAACGGAAUCAUACACAUCAUUGACCAUGUAUUGGGCAUUCCAUCAUCGACAGUCGACCGCAAACUGGCUACUGACCCCACGCUCAAUGAAACCAACUAUCUUGGCCAAGUGUCCUCACUUAAUGAUCAACUAGGCGACGUCCAAAAGAGAUUCACUUAUUUUGUGCCCAGAGACUUUGCUUGGAAGAGGUUGGCAAUCGAUAACCCAUCAGCAUACAAAAAAUUGUUCAUGCCCGAAUACUCAAACAUUGCUCGUCAGAUUUUGGAACGCCAUUUGAUCAUUGCGGAUAAAGUAUUUACAAUGGACGAUUUAAGGAAAGAAGCUAAUAAUAAUUACAAUUUGUCAGUCCAUCUUCCUACUGUACGCGACGUUUCCAUGUAUAUCAAAAUCAAAGACUCUGUUGAAGGUUACUCAAUUGAAUGGCGCAAUGAAUGGAUACAUGUCCACCGUUCUGAUGUUCGUUGCACCAAUGGUAUCAUACAUGUAAUCGAUAAAGUUUUGAUUGAUGAAAGUGAUGUUGAAGUGAAUGGUGCUAUUGCUACCAAGUCGAUAACUGCAUUGGUGUUGGUCUUGGCCCAAUACCUCGUGUUCUAUUAUUUCAACUAGUCAAUUCUACUCAGCAGGCGUGUCUUGUAUGUGGAACACCCUAAGUUGCGUUUAACAGUUGGUCAUAAGGUUCCCACCCUGUUGUUUCCACUGAAUACAUAGGACCUACUGAUAACAUUAACAUUUUCAAAUAUUAUCCUCUUUCCUCAUACAACACGUUUGGUUUUUAUAAAGUGAAAAUUAGUUCCCAUUUGAAUUGUAUCCAAUUCUCAAACGGACAAUGUAUUUUUAUUUCCUAUAACGUUUAAGUUUUUAUUAAAGAAUUUCCCAGCAAGAAUUUUUUUUUUAUUGUAAGCUUGUGCCUGAUUAGUUUUAUAUUCAUAAAUAUAUAAUAUAUAUAUAUAUAUAUCUCAUGUAUAUAUAGUAUAUACAUAAUAUAUGCGUUUGUGUAACUUAAUUUUAUCCUUCGCAUUUGGUAAAAUCUUAUUAUUUCUUCAAUAUUUUCUCUUUGACGUGGAUAUAGUAGUAUAGUUCCGUUUUUCCAAGAAAGAAGAAAUUUGUUAAUUAUAUUUCAAACAAAAUUUGCUUUUAAAGCUGCACAUAAAUGCAUUUCGGAAAAUAUGUCAAUUUGACAUUACCAUAUUAUUACCAAAAAACCUUAAAUGUAUUCCCUGUGACAUCCCAUCCCUUCCUUUAGAAAUAUUAAAUUUUACAUAAGAAUUGUAGUCUAAAAAUUGGAAACGGGUAAAAGUCAAUGUGGUUUAUUAAAAUCAAAAGGAAAACGCAUAAAUGAGUCUGACAAAACAAGAUAUUGAGUAUUUCACAUGUUAGGAGUAUAAUUUUUUUUUUUUAGAUCAAAAUAUUGAUUUGUAAAUACUGAACAUGGUAUAAG